CGGGUCGGUAGCAAACGGGCAAACAGGGUACCAGGAGCGAGCGGAAGAGUGGUCAGGAAUAGCCGAGGUCAGGACAGGCGGAGUUUGUUCAGAGUCAGGAUCAAAGCAGAAUCAGGAUCAGGCAGGAAGCAGACAGGAUGCAGGUACAGGGGCUCAUGGGAAACAUACACCAAGGCACUGACUGCAGGUCUGGCCAUUCCUUAAAUACACCUCCUGCAAUCAGCCUCAGGUGAUGGCUGAUUGCAGGAGUAAGCUUCUGGUUGCUGAGAGCACCCGCUGGCCAGCCCUGGUACUGCAGCCCACAAGGCAGGCGAGUCCCACCACCAUUGGUGAGUCCAUUCCUGACAGUACCCCCGCUCAACGAGCGGCCUCAGGAUGCUCCAAACAGUCCUUAGUGGGC